AACCCCCUGCUAGCUCAAAACCGGGUUCGAUUUAAACUAGGGCUUUGGCCCCAUGACCCCAAUCAAGCCCCGCCCCUUCCUGGUUGUCUUAGCGACGGCGGUGGCGUCCCAAGAUGGCGUCGUGGCUGCCGGAGACUCUGUUCGAAAUUGUAGGACAAGGCCCAGCGCCGAGCAAAGACUAUUACCAGUUAUUGGUCACCCGGUCCCAGGUAAUCUUUAGAUGGUGGAAGAUCUCUCUGAGGAGUGAGCAUCGAUCAGCAAAGCCUGGAGAAGCAAAAGACACUCACGAAGAGUUCCUAGAGAACUCCCACCUCCAAGUUCAAAUUGCCUUAAUAUUUGGUGCAAGAGUAUUAGACUAUGUCUUCAAUUUAUGUGAAGGUAAAUUUGACUUCCUUGAACGGCUCUCAGACAAUUUGCUCCUGAGUAUCAUUUCUUAUCUGGAUCUUGAAGAUAUUGCCAGGCUUUCUCAAACAUCACGCAGAUUUGCAAAGCUGUGCAUGUCGGACGAGCUGUGGGAGAAGAUAGUUCAGUCUUGCUGUGACACCAUCACACCUGACAUGAGGGCCCUGGCCAAGGAUAUGGGCUGGAGGCAGAUGUUCUUCACCAACAAGCUGCAGCUCCAGCGGCAGAUCCGCAAGAGGAAACAGAAACAAGGGAGCCACAGAACCAGUCACCUUUAGGGACACAUCUUCCCACCUGCAGGAGGGCCGAGAGACGGCUGUCUUUUUCUUCUGCGUCCCGAUCUCUUCUGUUUCCUUCGACUGAGCACUAAGAUUCCCUUCGAUUUGAACUGGCUGGUUCAAGGACCCACCCGAGAAGCAUACCCAGCCGGUGUCGGCGCACAGGUGCCCCGAAACCCGACUCGGCAGUGCCUUACCUAAACCGCAGUCUCCUGCAGUGAGGGUCAAGUCCGUGGCCCCUGCAAAGGGCUGCAUGACAGGAAGCCCUUGAUACCCAUAAGAAAAGAGGCUUCUGCUGUACAGGAAACAAACAAUAAAUGAUUAUUAGCAGGUU